AUGCCGGCCGGCACCGUCCAGGAUGAACACCAUGACAAGGCCUGGGAGAAGGCUGAGCGGAAGUUCUCACAUAAAACGGCCAGCGAAUACUACGAUCCGUGCCAGGACUUCGCGGACCGGAGUCUAAAAUGCAUGAAGCGCAAUGGCUUUGAUCGCGAGAUGUGCGGCGACUACUUCCAGGCUUAUCGGGACUGUAAGAAGAACUGGCUCAACCAAAAGAAGGCAGCUCCUCAGUCAAAAUGA